GGGCGCGGAGUCCCGGCCCUUCGGGCGCGAGGCGGCGCGGGAGCCAGCCGCGGGGUCCCUGUUGCGAGCUGCGCGCGAGAGAACUGCUUUAUGAGAGCUCAAGCUGAGGUUCCAGAGUUUCUUGCUGAAAAUGUAGAUGGCAACACUGCUCCUCUUUUUUGCUUUUCUGUACCCAAUGUAAUCAGAUACUUCCCCCGACCUCUCAGAAAACUGAAAGUCACCUCCUGACAUCAGCAGGACCUUGCAAAAGCAUUUGUUAACGAAUGUUGGCUGAGAAGUGAAUUUAUGUUCCCAGUUGCAAGGGAGGUGCCUUCUCCUUAAAUCCUAAGCACACUAGAACCAAACUUUGCAGUAAAGGGAACUUUUCCAGAAACACCUGCUCUUAUGUGAUGUUUACUAUUCUCAUUGAUAAAUCAUUAACUUAAACCCGCCAAUAGUAGCAUGCAUUUAAGGCAUCUGUUUGUAGGCAAAGGUGUGCAUGAAACUAUGGAUGAUACAAGCACUUUAAUUGAUGUUAAAGAGUACCCCGAUACCGAGGUACAGAAAAACCGAGUACUAACUCUGGAAGAAUGGCGAGAAAAGUGGGUGGACGGCAAAAUUGGAUUUCAUCAAGAACAAGGACAUCAAUUAUUAAAGAAGCAUUUGGAUACUUUCCUUAAAGGCGAGAAUGUUCUGAGAGUAUUUUUUCCUCUUUGUGGAAAAGCAGUUGAGAUGAAAUGGUUUGCGGACCGAGGACACUGUGUAGUGGGUGUGGAAAUCAGUGAGCUUGGGAUUCGGGAAUUUUUUACAGAGCAGAAUCUUUCUUACUCGGAAGAGCCCAUCAUGGAAAUUCCUGGAGCCAAAGUAUUCAAGAGUUCUUCAGGGAACAUUUCACUGUACUGUUGCAACCUUUUUGAUCUUCCCAGAGUGAACAUUGGCAAAUUUGACAGGAUCUGGGAUAGAGGAGCAUUAGUUGCCGUUAACCCAGGCGAUCGUAAAUGCUAUACAGAUAUAAUGCUGUCCCUAACGAGGAAAGGGUUUCGCUACCUCUUGGCUGUUCUUUCUUAUGAUCCCACUAAACAUCCAGGCCCACCGUUUUAUGUUCCAGAUGCUGAAAUUAAAAACUUGUUUGGUUCAACAUGCAACAUUCACUGCCUUGAGAAGGUUGAUGUUUUUGAAGAACGACAUAAAAGUUGGGGAAUUGACUACAUUGUUGAAAAGUUGUAUCUACUUACAGAAAAGUAAAUGAGACCAGUAAAAACAAGUAAUAUCAACAUGUUUUUGGGCAAUUGAUAGUCAUGCUAAGGCACGAAAAUAUACUGGAUGACUCUUGAGAAAAAGUUGUUCACAAAUCACAUAACAGAGCUUUGCUCAGAAAUAUGUAUAACUUUAUAGAAAAAAGUCAUAUAAAUAAGCUGGUAAAGUAGCUAUACAGGAGAGUGUGAUGGGAUGGUGAAAGAAUAUACCUGUUUUGCUUAGAAAUUACAAGAACUUUUUACAAUCGGCAUGUCUUAUAUAAUUUUAAAAAUUAAAAGUUUUAAAGGGGUA